CGCGCGCCAGUGCUGCUCGCGCAGGACCGGAGUGGUGUUCACUCGGCGGCGCGCCACGGCGCGACAUGCCCAGCUGAUGUUUAUUUAUACCGCGAGCUCGGCGGAGGGCGCGCGCGGGAGGCCCUCCCCUCCGCGGCAGCACGGUUUCGCGUGAUGCAGCCGAGCGAGCUAGCCGACACCGCGCACGCCGCUAGCGGAAAUCCCCCGCAGAGUGGCCUCAACGGUGGCCGAUUCGACUUUGACGAUGGUGGUACAUAUUGUGGCGGGUGGGAGGACGGCAAGGCCCACGGCCACGGAGUGUGCACCGGCCCCAAGGGACAGGGCGCGUACGCCGGCUCCUGGCACUACGGAUUCGAAGUAUCCGGCGUGUACACCUGGCCCAGUGGAAGUUCAUACGAGGGGCAAUGGCAAAACGGCAAACGGCAUGGUCUGGGCGUGGAGUCGCGCGACCGGUGGCUGUACCGCGGGGAGUGGACGCAGGGCUACAAGGGCCGCUACGGCGUGCGACAGAGCAGCACGAGCAAUGCCAAAUACGAGGGCACUUGGGCGAAUGGUCUGCAGGACGGAUACGGCUCGGAAACAUACGCGGAUGGCGGCACGUAUCAAGGCCAGUGGAUGCGCGGUCUCCGACAUGGGUACGGAGUGCGGACCUCUGCGCCCUUCGGCCUGGCGUCGCACUACCGCGGCGGCGCGCGCGACCACCGCGGCUCACUGUCCUCGCUGGCGGAGGCCACAGGCACGCCGGACCCCUCCGACCGGAGGACCACGCGCAUGGACGACGCGCGAGGCGGGUUCGUGCUCAAGGCCAGCUCGGACGAGCCUUCGGGAAGACGAGGUUCUCUCGCCGAAAAAGCUAAAAAGGGCCUUUUUGCUAAACUCCGUAAGCAGCGCAGCGCGGGCGAGCUGGACAAGCGGGGUGGUGGGUCCGUGCGCUCGGGCGGGUCGGGCGGCUCGGCGGCGUCGUGGGUGUCGUCCGUGGAGAGCACGCACUCGGCCGCCACGCGGGGCUCCUUCCACACCAACUCCAACACCAGCUUCAUAGUCGAGGAUGAACACUUGGAUGCUAGUGUGACAGAAACGUAUUUGGGCGAAUGGAAGAAUGACAAACGUACAGGGUUUGGUGUGAGUGAGCGCAGUGAUGGUCUUCGUUAUGAGGGCGAAUGGUUCGCGAAUAGGAAGUAUGGCUACGGAGUAACAACGUUCAGAGACGGCACGAGAGAGGAGGGCAAAUACAAGAACAACGUACUCAUCACAAGCCAGAAACGGAAGCACAUGUUCCUCAUGCGAUCCGCAAAGUUUCGGGAACGGGUUGACUCAGCGGUGAAUGCAGCGCAACGUGCAUCCAAAAUAGCAUUACAAAAGGCCGACAUUGCCACCUCUAGGACAGCCACAGCGAGAGGAAAAGCCGAACAAGCCGAUGAAGCGGCAGACCAAGCUAAAGAAGACUGUGAUAUAGCACAAACAACUGCGAAGCAGUUCGCACCAGACUUUAAGCAUCCUGGCUUUGAUCGAAUAGGUUUAAGAGAGAAAUAUAGACAAAAAAUGUACGAAUCACAGGUCGCUUCUGUGACUCAAGGAUCCGAUAAAACCAUGGACGGCAAGAGCAUUCCAAAUCAUAUCCCUCCGAUGCAUUCACAACUUCCUCAAACAAAUAAAAUACCGAACGCGGUGACUUCAAGGAGACCGUCAGGCCAAUAUAACCCUAAUAUAGGACAAACAAUUGACCCAAGGAUACCCAAUAGUCCUAGUUACAAUACUGAUGUCAGAAAUCUUGGUCCGCAGUAUGAUCAAUUUUACAAACCUAACCAAGAUACUUGGGCCCCGCCAGGCAGUACACAAAAUCAAAUACCUAACCAAAAAAUAUAUCCUAGCAAUGAUCCAGCUAGUGGAUAUAACAUCACAUCACCCGACGGCCAACUUCCUGCCGCAUCUUACAGGUUACAGCAACAAUCACAACAACACAUGGAUCAAAUGACUCAAUUCCAAAAUCAAAAUCGCAGACCUUCGACUUCCAUAAGGCCCCAAACCACGCAAAGACCAGCUCAGGACUGGACUUCACCGGCAGGGGUUGCGCGAAGACAAAGCGUUCUCGCUUUACCUACACACGAUACGCAAGGUAACGUUUACACCGAUGCAAGCAUAGCAUCGUAUGCCAGAAACGAACUCCGCACUGGUACAGUACACUCAGAAGGUCCUCUCGAGAGAAGUGCAUUGAAUACAGAAUCUCAAGCUUACAGACAGGACAUGCAGGGUUACCAACAGGGCUACAGGCAAGCACCGGACCAACAGAUGUACCGACAACCUCCGAUGGACCAACAAGGUUACAGACAAACACCUGAUAAACAGAUUUAUCGGCAACAAGCGAUGGACCAAUCAUCUUAUCGACCUCCUGGUAAUGAACAGGAUAUUAUCAACGGAGAUCGUGAACAGCGGCCACCCGGUAGUCGGCCUUCGAUUGACUACUUCGACCACUACAAAAGACCUCCAAGUAGGGAUUCCAGUGUGGAUCGGUACGGCAGGCGAUCUCGACAGCCAUCAGUGGAGGCUGCGCCUCCGGGCGGCGGCUCGCGGGCUGGCUCCGUGGCGCCGCAGCCCAUGUCGAGCUCGCGCCCGCCGUCCCGCGCCGCCACCCCUGCAGGCAACGGUCACUUGGCGUCCGGUCGAGGUUCCAUUUCACGUGCUCCUUCGAGAGAUAACCAGCCAUUUGAAGAAUCGCUACUACGCAAAAGAACACUCGGACAAGACAUCUCACCUUCACCCUAUCAACCAAAAAGAACAGAGAGCUUGUUCGUAGCACAGAACCCAGCGCCGCCGCCGGCAGCACCUAUGGGAGGAGGAGGGGGAGGGGGAGGUGGAGGACGAAAGAUGCUCAGCACCCCCCAAACGUUGCAACGCAAGAAAUCGCUACCGGACGUAGCGGGCAUGCCCCGACUGCCCGACGGCGGCGGCAUGUCGCGAGAGGAGGUCUCGGCGUUAGGCUCUGCGCGACGGGAGGAGGUCCGCCGCAUGCAUGAAGAAUCAGAAAAGCUGAGAGCCAACCCCCUUCUCUACCUAGUUAGUCCACAAGUAAAGGACUGGUUCUCGAGGCAGCAACUAGUGAUCCUUGUACUGUUCAUCAACAUUUCGUUAGGCAUCAUGUUCUUCAAGAUGCUGACGUAGCGGCGGCGGGCGGCGCGCGCGCGCCUUGUCCGGUCUAACGAGCAAGUGUACAUAAUGUUCUGUAUUAUAAACUCCGACACCGCCCAAGCAACUUGUGCAAACACUUCGAUAAAAUAAUCACUACCUAAUCCCCUUUAAACAAUUAAAUGUUACCAUCCAAAACGAUCUUAUUUAUAAGGACUUCGAUUCGCUAGUGUACGUUUAAACUUGUGAAAGUGUGAAAAGCGAGAAAAAUAUGGAAUCAAAGUGCAAAUAUGCCCCACCCUCGACGAGUUAAUACAAAUUCUUAUGGUGUGAGAGUGAGUUUUUUGUGACCACUAGACGAAAACUUCGAAUGUAAGAUGCACGAUUUACUCAAAAACCUGCAUAUUGUAGGUUUGCGCCCUUGUUUUAAUGUUAAAUGCUUGCCUUACUAAAUAAUACGUUUAGGUAGAAAUUAAACAAAACCCAAAUUAGUGAAUGAUGAAGGAAGAUUUUUCUAAGAAACGUUAAAAUAAUGAGAACAUAAUGUUGUAAUAGUUAUGACGUGUUUACUAAACUUCUCUACUUUCGGCGGUCCAAAAUAAUUUUAAUUUCAAGCUCUGUUGUAAAUUCCUUGUAGCUUCGGAGCUAGGAAAUAUUUUGUUGUCGAUGUUUUAAAUACGACCUUUCUUUGUAUAUUUAUAUUGUAUAAUUGUAUUGUGGCAAAAUUGGAAAACUUUGCAAGUAUUUUUUUAUUCCUUUACUGAAAAAAAAAACAUCCCUAUAAAUAUAGUUUGGCACUGUGGCCUGCUUUUAUUUAGUUCUAACUUACUUAAUGUACAAUAAAUUAUUAUGUAUAUUGUACAUAUAGGUACUAUUUAUGUUAUAUAUUGAAUCUGUUACCGAUACCAAAAGGGAUGUUGUAUUAUUGUAAAACUUAGAAAACUUGUUCUUGGCCCAGCAAUUAGAAUAUUUUGUAUUUAUUAAAAGUUUUACAUUUAAUUAUAAAAAUCUACAUUUUAAAAUUAAACAUGUGUUAUACAAGCAUGUAAUUUUGUGUUGUAACUAAGAAGUCAAUUUCAUGUUUUUAAAAGUGUUAUAGUAUGUAUAAGAAAGUUUACUUAUUUAUUACUAUGGAUUUAUAAAUAUUACGAGCAAGUGUGCAAGAGUGCAUGCUAGACAGUUACACACUGUGCAAUUACGAACGUUGUGGGAAAUCGCGCAAUCCUUAAUAUUGUUAAAAGUAAGACAAUUUUUGCAAUUUCAUUAUUAUGUAAAAACUUUAAGUUAUCUUUAAGAGUUUUAAAUUACGUGUAUCAAUUUUAUCUACGUUUCACAAAUAAAAUAUUUUAACAAAAUCA